AUGGAAGCCUUUCUUUUCCAUUUCCUAGCCAUCGUUGCCUUCAUGAUCAUCCUUCACAAAUAUUUAGGGAAAAGGUCAAGGCCCAAAAGCCCCCAGCCCCCUGAACCAUCUGGUGCUUUACCCAUCAUUGGCCACCUCUAUAUGCUGCUAAGGGGUGGAGUAACCCUUGCCCGAUCACUUAGUGCCUUUGCCGACAAACAUGGCCCAAUUUUCACAAUUCGUCUCGGCGUUCAUAGAGCCUUUGUAGUGAGCAGCUUGGAUGUGAUCAAGGACUUCUUCACCAUCCACGACAAGGUCUUUGCCACACGCCCACCAACUGCUGCAGGCAAGUACAUGGGCUACAAUUAUGCUUUCUUCACAUUUGCCCCUCAUGGCCCCUAUUGGCGUGAUAUCAAGAAGAUGGUCACCCUUGAACUCCUCUCCAAGAAUCGACUUGACAAGCUCAAGCACAUAACAGCGGCUGAGGUUGAUAGAUGCAUCAAAGAGUUGUAUUCAUAUUGGGCUGAGGAUAAGGGUGGUGCUGCUCCAGUUCCGGUGGAGAUAGAUCGUUGGUUCUGUCGCUUGAAUUUCAAUGUUAUCACCAAGAUGAUCGCAGGGAAACGAUAUUUCAAUACCUUUGAUGAUGCCAAAGAUAAGAAUGAAGCUCAGGAAUUCGAGGAAAAUAUUGAGGAACUUGUAAGGUUGAGUGGGAUCCUCGUCCCGUCGGAUUUGGUGCCUUACCUUGAAUGGAUGGACUUGCAAGGACAUUUGAAAGCCAUGAAAUCUGUUGCGAAGAAACUUGACAUUCUAAUUGGGAAGUGGCUGGAAGUUCAUCUUCAUCUUGAUAAGAAUAAGCAGAAACUUUCAUCAGGUGAUGAUGAUGCACAGGAGGACUUUAUAGACCUGAUGCUAUCAGUAUUGCCUGAGGAAAAAUUGAUGCAUGGUUAUGACCGUGAUACUGUCAUCAAAGCAACUGUACUGGUAUGUCUAAGUCAUUUUAGAGUCAAGAUCAUAUUCAUGUACGAGAACCAUACUAGCACACCUGUGAUCAACACAUGGACUCCACUUAGUCCAGAGGCCUAG